AUGGCAGUGGGCCCGUCGGCCGCCUGGUUCGCUGCGCGCCAGGGCUGGCGUCUGCGCUGCGACCAGGCGGUCGAGGCCGAGCAGCUGAAGCAAAUGAUCGAGCAAAUGCAAGCCUGGCACCUCGGUGGAGGCUCAGGCGCGCCAGGAGCUGCGCUCGACCCAAGCUACGACAUGACGACGGACGACGUGGGCGCCGAGGGCGGAGUGCUGCCCCCUGGGGCCCCCCUCGUGCCGGCGGCGGCCCCUGGCGCGGGCGCGGGCGCCGUGCCGGAGCACUGCCCUGGAGCUCAGAACGCCCUGGCGGUGUCGCAGGCGCGUCAGAUCAAGGAGCUGCUGACAGUUCCGGCAGACGUCCGGGCCAUCGAGGCGUCGGGUCAGUUCCAGGGGGAGAUCGAGCGCGCGCUGACGGGCUCCGGCCACGCGGGACCAACGACGGCAGCGCCGCGGGAGGCCGAGCUGAUCGGGGCCCUGGACCGCCUCAGCUCCCAGGCGGCCCUGACCGUGGGCAGCGGACGAUGGGCCCAGGGCGCCUCGCCAGACCUCUCGGCGUCGCGCGGCGGGUCCGAGGAGACGCGCUGGGGGUCCAGCCUGCCAGCCGAUCUCCAGAGGGCCGCCCCCGAGAUCUACUGGAUGAUGCGAGGCGAGGGCUCAUCGGGUGCGAGGGAUUGGAUCGCUCAGAGGUGCCGGGGCAGUCGCAGCAACCCCGUGCAAUGGGUUGACCUGUGGACCCUGUCGACCAUCACAGACUUCCGGCUUAAUGAUUGCGCUGGCGACGUGGAGAUCAUGCAGGUGCUGGCCGUGGACGACAUGAUGUAG